CGAAGAUCUGUGUUCCAAAAGGUCUUCGUGGACGUGUAGGAAGCGAGUUAGAGGGAGAAUCUGGCGAGGAGCGGCAACAACGCCCGUCCCAACGUCCCUCCGAGGGUGUACAGCGGACCGAGCUUCAGAUCAGCUGACGACCGGCUCCUGUAAACGUUUGCCCGAGAUAACGUUUCGCUGGCUUUUUCUUUCUUUUGUUGUUUCUUUUUCUGUUUGCUCUACAAGAUAGUGUUUAUACCCUUAGAGCUGGAAAUCAAAAGGGCUGUCAACUGAGUUUAUAAAGAUGUCACCUUGAGGUUUCAAUGAUAGUCUAGGGUUUUCUAUAGUAAAAAAAAAAAAAAAAAAAAAAAAAAAAAAAAAAAAAAAAAAAAAAACGCAUUUUGCCCCCACUUUGUGUAUAUAGUCCUAACAAGUGUUAUACCAUUGCAACAGAUUCAGACAUCCUGAUUUCUUUACAGAACGGAAAAAGAACAGUUGAUAACCCUAUAAAAAUAAGCAUAGUACUGGCCUACUGCCACACAAAACACUCUUUUGGAUAUACUCCGAAGUUCUUUAAACUCAGCAUCGAACUUCUGAGCCAAACAGGAGCAACCAUGACCCACAAAUAGGCCAGCGACUCCGCCCGAAGAGGAAACCCGAGCGCCCAGGAGCCUCUCGAACGCCCCGUCGCCCCCCCUCCCUCCAAGAUGGCGAACGCGGGUCACCUGGUGCGGCGCACCUCGCAGCGGGAGAUGAUCGUGCCGCAGAAGAGCCUGGACCGCCUGGAGAUGAGGGACAUGCGCAACCGGCUGGUGCAGGAGAACGGCGGCCCCUCCUACGGCACCACCAACCAGGCCUUUGAAGACCCGCAGAAGAGACAAAGCGUCAAGAAAAGGACCACUAGUGUGACCAUCCCCGAGGAAGCCAUUCAGAGUCCUACUCGUUCAGAGAAGGAGGAGUUGGGCGCCCUCUCCUCGCCCCCGCCCGGAGACGCCGUUCCCACCGCCGCCGGGAAGCCUGGCGACGGCGGCGAGGACGACCGUGAGUCCUGGGACAGCAAGUGGCAGUACCUCCUGGCGGUGAUCGGGUACGCCGUCGGCCUCGGCUCCGUGUGGCGCUUCCCGUACCUCUGUCAGAAGAACGGCGGCGGUGCUUUUCUGUUCCCUUACCUGAUCAUGCUGGCGGUUGAGGGCAUCCCCAUUUUCUACCUGGAACUCGCUGUCGGUCAGAGACUCAGGAAAGGAGCUAUUGGUGUCUGGAACCAGGUCUCGCCUUACUGUGGCGGCAUCGGCGUGGCUUCAGCUUUUGUGUCCUUCAACGUGGCUCUUUAUUACAACACUAUCAUAGCCUGGUGCCUCUACUACCUGGCGGGGAGUUUCCGGAGUCCCCUCCCGUGGUCGGACUGCCCCAAGAAAUAUUACGAAAACGGAUCGUAUACCGUGGUGCGGGAGUGCGCGAAAAGCAGCCCCACAGAGUAUUUCUGGUACCGAGAAACCCUCGAGAUUUCCCCAGACAUCAACCACCCUGAGAAGUUCAACUGGAAGAUCGCUAUUUGUCUUCUCAUCGCAUGGCUCCUCACCUACCUGUGCAUGGCCAAGGGUAUUGCGUCAUCCGGAAAGGUUGUGUAUGUGACAGCCACAUUCCCCUACUUGGUACUGGUGAUUUUCUUCGUACGAGGCAUCACUCUGCGCGGCAUGGAAGACGGGUUAAAACAUCUCUUCACCCCAGACUGGGAAAAGCUCCUCGACCCCACCGUCUGGCUCGAGGCGGGGACGCAGAUCUUCUUCUCCCUCGGCCUGGCCUUCGGGGGGCUCAUCGCCUUCUCCUCCUACAACCCCGUGCACAACAACUGCUUCCGAGACGCCGUGGUCUGCGGGCUCAUCAACUGCACCACGGCCAUCUUCGCCGCUAUCGUCGUGUUCUCGGUGCUCGGUUUCAAAGCCAACAUUACCUUCGACGAAUGCACGCAAGAGAGGGAGAGGAUCUUGUUGCAGUACUUCAACACCACCGACAUCGACCCCAUCCCGCCGGGGGAGAUGAUCAGACCUACCCGGCAGCAAAAACAUCCCCAUCCCAGACCCUCCCCGAGUGGGGACCGCAAAAGGGGACGCUAA